AAAUAAACGUUUGUGGUUAAUGUGAAUCGCAAAUGCAAUUUAUUAUAGAUUCAAAAAGGCUCUAUGAAUCGAAUCAUAUAAGUGGAGCAUUAAUUUUGACGUGUCCGAAACAGCUGUCAGUGUAGGUUAUGUUUGUUUGAGUUAGGAUUUUAAAAAUUUUUUAUCAAGAUGAUAGAAGUUUCUGCAAAACUUCUUCGAGGACAUGUUUUUCUGUCUGGCGAAAUCGUAGAGUGUAGCAUUACUUUUAGCCAUCCUCAUUCACCCUCUCAUAAAGUAUCCCAGAGUAACACAGAUGCAUUCGAAAGACUAGCCUGGGCCUCGGCCCAAAUACACUGCCAAUGUUAUACGGAUUCGAAAAUUUACAAGGAAAAUGAAAGGGUCAAUCAAUUAACCUUUGCUGACACUGCCCUUGGGGCUUCCACUCAGGAUGGCAAAACAGAAAUCGCAACAAAACCUAAAAUUUUAUUCUGUGAUCUACGGCUUUCACCUGGACAAAGCAAAACAUUUAUUUAUAGAGAGAAAAUUCCUAGUGAUUCACCACCAUCAUAUAGAGGUCAACUCAUCAAAUAUUCAUACAAAAUUACAGUAGGAACACAGAGGGUUAACAGUCCCAUUAAACUGCUCAAAGUCCCAAUUCGAGUUCUACCUUUAUGUGAAACUGUCUUGAAUGAGGCAGGAGCAUUAUGUAAUGAUACCACAGAGGAAUUGACACCAGCUAACCCUUUUCUGGAAAUGAGGCAGAAGGAAACUCCUUUAGAUAUAGCCCUGCAAAGUUUACAGAAUAUCACAGCCAGAAGAAAUCCAAAUUUUUAUAUGAUCUCAAACACAUGGGGAAAGGUUGCUCGAUUUUGUAUUUUUAAAUCUGCUUAUAAAUUGGGGGAAGACAUAAUUGGAACUUUUGACUUUACUGUUGCCACAGUAAAUUGUAUGCAAGUUUCUGUGUCACUUCAGUGUGAAGAAGAAACAAUUAUUGAUGUCAACAAUGAGAAUUCCAAACAAGUAAGAAUAAUUACUUUCAGUAAACAUCAUGAAGUUUGUUUAGGCUACAAAUAUACUCAACUGAUACUACCCAUUCCCCUCCAUGUAACACCUGCAUUUACUACCCAAUUAGUGGGUUUAAAAUGGAGGUUACAUUUUGAAUUUGUAACUAGCACAAGUAAGCAAUUGGAUUCACCCAAGUUAGAUGAUAAUGAUUGGAAAGCACCUACAGAUGUACCAAUAGAAACAAUGGUUUGGAGUUUGCCCAUUAAACUAUAUUCAACAAUUCCCAUUCAUGUUGCACAAGGUGUACAAAGCAACACAAUUCACACUUUAAAGAUAUUUUGAAAGAUAUAUAUUUACUCACUUUUAUCUAGAAAAAAAUAUAAUUGAUUAUUUACAUAAUAAAAAUAUAUACGUAUAUAUAUACUUAUAAUUUUUACACAGAUAAUAAAAAUAAAAAUGUACAUAUUA